AUGGCGAUGUCAGAACCCAACCCCAUGUUGGCUUUUUCAGAGGCAGCAAAUGAACAGGUGAGGCCGAUGCGGGCCUUAUUGGAAGGCUCGGGCAUCCCGGAGCCUAUAUGGAAGGAUUUGUCCGUCUUUGCCCCGGAUGAGUUCGGGUCUCUGUCUGAAGCAGAAAUUCAGGAGUUCUUAGAUGGCAUCACGUACCCUGCUGAGCCCUCAGAUCUGUUGGUGAAGGCUAGGAUUCGCCUCUUGUGGCGGAGGUGCCUGAAGUGGGGGGCAACCCUGCAACCGGAUCCUCCCCAGACCACUCCCAUGGGGGGCACAGGUGCAAUUGCCGAGCAGGCUUCGUGGUCUGAGGCGUUCCCAAGGCGUCUCAGUGGCGACACCGUCCGCCAAAUGGUCAAGUCUUUCAGUGAGAAAUACCCUUCUGAACCAUUAAGCCCCGACAUAAUGCCAUCACCACGACUUCUGUCAUUGGUUCAUCAGCAGCUGCAGGACAAGCGGUGGCGAUGGAUACCGUGGAAGUUGCGAUUGUCAGAGGAGCAAUAUGAUUCUAAGUCCCUGAAGCGUUCCCUUAAGGCCCCACGCUUGGAAAAUCUGCUAUGGGAGGAGAUACCCAGUAGAGAGCUGCCCACGCAGGGCAUGGCUAAGAGUGUCAUGGCAGAGUUGGUUCAUUUGCAAGCAGUGGCAAUUGCACUAGCUGAUGGUGCCCACCUCUACACCUUGCGGGAGAUGAACCGAAAAUUUCUAGCCAAAUGUUUCGAUCACUUGCCGCGGGAUGCGGGGUUGCGGGUGCCGAACAGGUUGGAGGCCGAGACUGCAGAGAAACAGCUUUGGCAACAGAUUUCGGUGUUGUUCAAUGAAGAGAACUGGACAAUGGAUCAGGCGAUACGCGAGGUUGUAGUUGCUCGCAACGAGCUUCAUGUGUUGCUCAUGCCGAGGGCCGUCGCACCUAAAAUUCCCUGGCUACCGUGGCAACCGCGUCGCAUCAAAGGUGAUGGCAAGCAGGGGUCCCACGGCAAGGGCGGCAAAGGGGAUAAGGGUUCUAAGGGCGGUACUAAGGAUGGUAAAGGUUCCCAGCGUCAUACCCUGAUGGUCCAUGGCUUGCGAGCCUUCUUGCUGGAAAUUGCGGCGGAUGUGAUUCAGGUUGCAGCUUGCAGCUAUGGUUCGAGCUAUGCAAAGCACUGGGCCUUCGCCACAAGUUGGCGACCUUUACAGCAGUUGCAAAGCACGUGCCGGCACACGGCGGGUCAUCAUGAUGUGUUUCACGGCAAACGUGACGCCACAGGACAGUUCGUGUCUCGUCAUACAGCGGUGUUCCCUCCCAUGCUGUGCAAUGCGUUCAUGGAGGCCAUUAGCCCCUUGUUUCCAGAGAACACGCAAGUUACCGGCUUCACGUCUUUGCAUCAGGCACUUUCUGCCUUGCCGGUUCGCCCCUUGAACGAUUUCCCGACUGGCCAACAGGAUGGCGGCGGCAUUUACAGCCAGCCCGACUGGACGUCUCCUCCGGCGGGACAAAAGGACACCUUCCGCCAGUUGCGUCAAGAUUUGUGGGGAUUUUUCAAACAGCAUAAACUUUUUGAUCGCCUCCGCAAACAUGUCAGCGAGUCAUCGCAAAAGCCACUCAUUCAGCAGCAUGAGCUCCCAGCAUUGCGAGCAAUUUGGGAAGAUUGGUUUAGAGCUCAAGGCUUCGCGGAUUCAGUUUCAUGGGAGAUCGCGCCCGACCAGCCUUACUGUCUUCAGGCGCUUGAGCUUCUGAGCAAGGCUCUUGACGACCGUGAUGUGGAGCUUUGGAAGGACUUGCAGGUGGCGAAACUUUUGCAAAGCCUGAUGCAAGUGCUCCGGUCCGAUCCUUGCACCAAGCGUGAUUUGCAGGCUCUCAUCGGUCUCCUUCACUGGGUGUUGCAGAUGUCGCCCGAGUUGCUACCGUGGCUGUGCUGCUUGUAUCACGACAUGUCUCGUCCCUUGGGCACAAAUUUUUCCUUGCAUGCGGGUGCCUGGCAACAGUUAGCGGAUACCUUGACUGAUGAUUUGCAUUUCCGCAAAUCGCCACCAGGGUCGACCAUCCCCCCGGGAAGCAAGUUGUUGAGUGCACGACAUGUAGAGAUCAAGUGCAAAGCGGACUUGCGGCUGGUUAGGGCCACAGGCAAGCGGAUCUGGAUUCGUGUGGCGGAUGCAUCAUCCAGCAAGCGUCGAAUCAGCACGGUGAGCAGACAGUUCAUCAUGUUCUGGGUGCACUUUUGCAUGCGGCCUCAGAUGCCCAGCUGUUUGUCUCUGCCACCUUUGGACUUUCAGUAUUCCUUAGCUGCUGACGCUUGUGCUAAGGGCAACGACAUUGGGAUUGGCGGAUGGGUUGAAUUGCCGAAUCAGCCCAUCGUUUGGUUUUCCGAGUGGUUUACGGUCCAAGACUUCCGUUCGCUGGGCUUGCCCAUGCAAGAUGAUGCUAAUUUGGACAUCACGGCGUAUGAGACGCUGGCACAACUGGCUCUCUUGAUAGCUUUCAUUUCCAUCACUCCUACCGGACGACUUCGGGUGUGCAUCCCAUCUUGGUCGGAUAACUCGGGGACCGAGUCCUUGACGAACAAGCUUUUCACAGUACAUACACCGCUGUGCUUCUUCGCUCAGAAACUGGCCACGCGGAGUUGGCAGUCUGGCAUCUCUCUGGAUUGUACACACAUCGCGGGAUGUCACAAUGAUAGCGCUGAUUUCUUGAGUAAGAUGGAAAGGCGACUUGCAGGCACUUCCUUCCCGGUUCCACUUGGAUCAUCGGGUUCGAUGCCCACUCACAGUCUUGUGGGAGGGCGAGCGCGAUGUUCGGGUUUUCCCGCCAGAUGCUAA